AUGAUUUUUUACAUAGCAAGGACGGAGGAUCCGAUGCCGGUCCCGACAUCCUCCUACCGAAUCACCUAUAUCCCCUUACCCGCCCCGGUUUCUGGGUGGCCCCGCCGCCCGCGCACACCCAACGCUAUAGCAGCCACAGGGGGGCAGGAGCGCGAGACGAGUGUCGUCUGCGCAGCGGAGCAUCCGCGCCCACCGCCGAUGAGCAGCGACGCGCACCGAGCCUACCUGCCCGCUCUCUACGAUUCCUCCGCUUGGAAACAGACCGCCGGGCGGAUCUUCCCCGUGCCCUCUUCCCCCGCCCCCUCCUCCUCUUCCUCACCCCCUGCUUACUACUACUACGACCACCUGGCCCCUGACAUCCUCGGCCCGCGCUGCGCAGACUCGUCGUCCGCGAUGCUGCUGUGGAAGCGCGCUCUGUGGCGCUGCCUCGGGACACACCUCGCCACGGCUGCGACGAUUGGCCGCAGCGUUGCGCAUGCGCACAUGCUCCCUGUGUCGCUGAUGCUGUCGUGUGUUCUGUCCCCGGCCGUACGGCCGACGUAGACUCGGGAGCUUCCGGAACGCAUAUAUCCGAGGGCCAAUUGCAGUCACAGCUAUCUGAGGGACUGCAGGUCAUGUAUUACUAGCACCUCGAAUCUU